AUGGGUGGCAGCUCUUACUUGAAACUCUCUGACGGAACCGACUUAUUCUACAAAGACUGGGGUACUGGAGACCCAAUUGUCUUCUCUCACGGAUGGCCCUUAUCGUCUGAUGCUUUCGAGGAUCAGAUGUUCUACUUGGCCCUGAAGGGCUACAGAGUUAUUGCUCAUGACAGAAGAGGUCAUGGUAGGUCUUCGCAGCCAUGGGAUGGUCACAAUAUGGACCAGUACGCUGAUGACUUGGCUGAGCUUGUCAAGCACUUGGACUUGAAAGACGCUGUUCACGUUGGCCACUCCACUGGUGGAGGUGAGGUUGCAAGAUACCUUGCACGCCAUGGAACAAGCAGAGCUCUGAAGGCUGUGUUGAUUGGAGCCGUUCCUCCUCUCUUGAUCCAGACUGACUUCAACCCUCAGGGUGUGCCAAGGGAAGCUCUUGAUGACAUCAGAAACAAUGUGUUGAAGGACAGAUCUCAAUUCUUCAAGGACUUACCUAAUUUGUUCUACAGUUUCAACCACGAUGACUCUAAGAAGUCGCAGGGCUUGAUUGACGGUUUCUGGAGACAAGGUGUGCAAGCAUCUAUCAAGGCUCUUUACGACUGCGUCAAAGCCUUUUCUGAAACCGAUCAGAGAGAGGAUUUGAAGAACAUUGAUAUCCCAACAUUGGUGAUUUAUGGUGAUGACGAUCAGAUUGUUCCACCAGUGACUUCUAGUCAAGCUGCAUUGAAGUUGUUGCCUAAAGGCUCUGAGAAGGUCUACAAGGGUGGCUCCCAUGGUAUUUGCAGCACCCAUAAGGACGAGGUUAGCAAGGACCUUUACGACUUCAUCACCAAAUAA